ACCUCGGAUUGGUCAAUUGGUCCUAAUAUAAACGUCAUUUACGAGUCAGAGUCAACGUAACCUCAAAUUUUUAUGUGUUUCAGUUGGUUUCACUUUUGUUUAUUUUCCUUUGACUGACCGUUUGGUUUAAUUUUCUUUGCGUUGAAGCUUUUUGUAGUGGAUUGUUUUUACAAGGUUUCUACUUGUGGGUGUACUUUUGUUAUUUUAUAUAAAAAAUAAAAUCAGAGUUUGGCGUUAUGGCAUCCUUCCCAAAUUUUCCAAAAGACUAUACAUAUGCAUGGAGUGAUACUACCAGUGAUGAAAUAAUAACAGUAAAAGUAAAGGAGAUUAGUGAUGAGAUAACUGCUAAGGAGUGGAUACAAAAGUGGUCUGAAGCAACUCUGAUGACCUGGAGAGUUAUGCGAACAUAUCCUAACUCUGGCAAAAUUAAUGUUUACAAGGUGGACUUGAGGUGUCAGCAUAACACUGACAAAAGAACUCAAGGUAUAAGAUCUACCAAAAAUACAAACUGUCCAGUUACAUUAUCAAUUGUUGUAAGAAGUUUUUGGAAAUAAAUCGAACCUUUCCCUCUUCGGGAGCCUAAGCCUUCAUCAUCGGUGAUGACAAGGCAGGAAGGAGAUGAUGGAUGCAUCUCAACAUCUACAACAAGUCAACAGCUGUACCAUCCGCCAUCAAGAAGAUCUGCUUACCGUCAAAUACCACAAGCCAUACAUAAGUAUAACUCAGAAUUGUUAGCUUUCGGCAAGAUUUUGAAUAUAUAUGUUAUUGAAUUUUUGAAGUUAUAUUUUAUUAUAUCUUUGUUGUUAAAUAAACAUGAGUAGUUAGAAUAUUAUUUUGUUUGUUUCCAAUCCAGAUCUGCAUUGUUCAUAUUUUUGAUUAGAACAAGACAAACACACACCUUGAGAAUCUGAGCUAUCAUAUCAUAACUAACAUAGUUGAUUGAAAUAUUAUUUUUGAAUAGUAUUUCAACUAGCUGUGGUAGCUGGUCGCGACAAGAGUAUUUUUCUAUUUUAGGUUCAUCAAAAAUUCGAAAUCCAAAAAAGAAGAUCCUAUGAUUAUUAAGGAAUUUCCGACACUUAUAACUAUAAAAAACAAACACAACCAUGAAUUGAAUACUGCUGCAGUUUUGAAGUACAGAGAUGUCUCCAAUGAAGUGAAAGAAAAACUCAUUGAUUUAUUCCGACAAGGACACAACCCAUCAUCAGCUCUAAAUUCCCAUAAAUUAGAUUUAAUGAUGGAAUAUGAGGAUAAUGAUUAUUAUCGAAUAGCUGCAGAUGGAAAAUUCUUGCCCAGCAUCUCAAUAGUAACUAAACUGUUUGAAAAAGAAUUUAAUAGUAAAUAUGGCAACCUAACUGAUAAAGAAAAUUUUGAUCAUUUAGAAAAUUUACUUAAUGAAUAUGUAAAGGUACAUAGUGCAAGAGCUGGAUUUAGUUACACCACAGACAAGGAACAUUAUUUUGUUGUUUUGUGUACUCCAAUAAUGUUAAGAAUCCAUAAAACAGUUGUUCAGACGAGUGAAGUAGUUAUGGUUGAUGCUUCUGGUGGAGUAGACAAACAAAGGCAUAGAAUAUAUUUUCUUGUUACUCCAACAGCUGCAGGAGGAUUGCCUUUAGGAGUCAUUAUAUCAGAUUCUGAAAAGGAAAGUGUUUUUCUGGAAGCUCUUACAUACUUGAGAAAUUUAGUUGGAACUUGUGCUUUUAAUUUUAAAAGACAUCCAAAAGUAUUUAUUACUGAUAAUGAUUUAAAGGAAAUUAAUGCUAUAAAAAAAGUCUUUCCUGAAUCAAAAACUCUUCUUUGCCAAUUUCACAUGUUAAAAUCAGUAUGGUCCUGGUUAUGUAAUCAAAAGCAUGAUGUAAUGAAGGAAGAUAGGCAAGAAAUCUAUUUUAUGUUCAAAAAUUUAUUGUAUUCAGCAAGUUUGAAUUGUGUGAAUGAAGCCUUUAGCAAACUUAUUUUCUUUACCAUCAGUAAAGGUUAUCGAAAAUUGAAUCAAUAUUUAAACAAUUUAUGGAGAAAAAAAGAGACAUGGAUUUCAUAUUAUAGAAAUGCAUUGCCGCUUCGUGGGAACAAUACCACAAAUUAUAUUGAAAUAGUAUUUAGGAUUUUAAAAGACUGUAUACUAAAUAGAACAAUGGCUUUUAAUCUUACACAAUUAGUGGACUUUAUCCUAACUCGUUAUGAACUGUACUUGAAACAGAGACUAACUGAUUUUGGCAAUGGAAGAUACUCUAGUUCUCUCCUUAAAAAAAUGCUGCCAUUCAAAAGUAGCAAUGACUUUUCUGUAGAGAAGCAAUUUGAUACACCAGACAUCUAUAAAGUUAAAUGUUUACAGGAAGAGCAAACAGUAGACAUCAUUAGAGGAAUAUGUACCUGUAGCCUAGGUACUUCAGGAAAAAUGUGUAAACAUUCAUCUGCAGUAAUAUUCUCACUUGAGAAUGACAUAAAAACUGCAUACAAUUUGGUGUGUACAAGUACCAAGAGGGAUAUGCUAUAUAUAGCUAAUGGUAUUCGGCCACCACCAGAAUGGUUUUCCCCAUUGCAAAAGAGUUUAGACAGCAGUAUUCAAACACUUCCAGAAACAUCUGGGACACAAAAAUAUACUGAAUUACUUGCAGAAGACCAUGGAAAUGAUGCUGAUUCUGGAGAAUCUCAAACACUUUCUGACCAAGAAUUAGCCCAAUUAGAAACUCUUUUUGACCGAAUAAAAAAUGGAGCUAAAUCUAAUCCCACUAUAUUCGUACCUGCGAUCCAGAAAAUGUUAUUCAAUGCCACCAGUUUUGCAAACACAGAGACAGGUUUGGUUUCUGCUCUCUACACUUUUGGAAGUUACAGUGGAGUAGAACAAAAAAAUAAGAGAACUUUGAAAUCUACAAAAUCUCGCAGGUCUCAUCGAAUAAAAAUUGGAGUACAACCAACUGCUAUUGGACGUCGAAAGUAUUGUUUGCCAGGAAAACGAAAAGUAAGUGCUGGUCGGCCAGCAGGAUCUCGACUUACCAUAGAAGCUUUACAGCCACACAACUAUACCACUUUUGGCCAUUUACCUUCUAGGAAAAGAAAGGCUCCUCAUAAUUUGGAAAGUUGUGUAUAUGACAAUAAAUCAUUGGGUAUGACAAAACAAGCCAAAAUGUAAUAUAAAUAUAAAUUUUGACUAUACCCUUAAAUUAAAUUUUAUUUUUUCGCUAUAUAGAUAGUAGCAACAAAAAUUAUUUA